ACGAAACUCGACACAAGAACUCGAAGCAAAAAAAUAAAAAAUAAAACACACAAGCCGAGUGCAUCAAAGGCGAUAGACAUCUAAACUCUCCGAAAUGGCUAAGGGAGCGAAGGGAGGCAAAUUCAGCGUGGAGGAACUGUACGGGAUAUCUAACAACAAAAGACCCAAACCAGUCCCCGCCACGCUGCUCAAAACCAGCAAGACCCGUGACACCGGCAAGGGCGAGCUGACCAGAGAGAUUCUGGAAGCGGCCCGCAAGCUGAUGGACAAGCGGCAGACUCAGCGCUACCUCCGGGAGUGCGGGAUCUCCCUGACCGAGGGUGUUGCGGAGAGCACCGGCAUGCCGUACAGAAAUCUGGGGAAGUCUGGACUCCGGGUCUCCUGUGUGGGUUUAGGAACAUGGGUAACGUUUGGAUCUCAGAUCAGCGAUGAGACCGCGGAGAGCCUGGUGACGCUCGCGUACGAGAGCGGAGUGAAUCUGUUCGACACGGCCGAGGUCUACGCGUCAGGGAAAGCAGAAAUUGUUACCUGGGAAUACAUACUUAAGCACCUGAAAGGAUGGAGGAAGAAAGGAUGGAGGAGAUCCAGUUUUGUCGUCACCACGAAGAUUUACUGGGGAGGACAGGCUGAGACUGAGAGAGGCCUGUCUAGGAAGCACAUUAUCGAAGGUCUGAGGGGCUCCCUGGACAGGCUGCAGCUGGAGUAUGUGGACCUCGUGUUUGCAAACAAAACAGACGCCAACUGCCCCAUGGAAGAGGUGGUCCGCGCCAUGACGUUCGUUAUCGAUCAUGGAAUGGCAAUGUACUGGGGGACGUCCCGCUGGAGCGCAAUGGAGAUCAUGGAGGCGUACUCCGUGGCACGGCAGUUCAAUCUGAUCCCCCCGGUUUGCGAGCAGGCCGAGUACAACCUGUUCCAGCGGGACAAGGUGGAGGUGCAGCUCCCCGAACUCUUCCACAAGAUCGGGGUGGGCACGAUGACCUGGUCCCCCCUAGCAUGUGGCCUCAUCUCGGGGAAGUACUGCGAGAGGAUCCCUGACUCUUCCAGAGCUGCUCUGAAGGGCUACCAGUGGCUGAAAGAGAAGGUGGGGAGUGAGGAAGGCCAACGCCAGCAAGCGAAGAUUAAAGAGCUCCACCUGCUGGCUGAUAGAAUGAACUGCACCAUCGCCCAGCUAGCCAUUGGUAAUUGGAAAAGACAGAGAGCCCCACAGGUGCAGAUCGUCGAACCUGGAGUUGGACCGCAGCAGAACGAUGCGCUAACUCUCUCCUCUCUUUAGGUCUUGGGGCACAUGAACCCCCAAACUGUGAGCGAAAUCGACGGCAUUCUGGGGAACAAGCCCCAGGCCAAGAAGGAACCCCGGGCGUGAGGAGAGAGGGAGAGAGGGAGGGAGGGAUUUCCUCUCUGCUUUCGUCUACGCCAGGGGUAGGCACGCCUGGUCCUGCAGUGCCCCACCCCUUAUUGAUUAAUUGAUUGGCUUAAUUGAUCAGAAUUGCCUUGUGUUGAAGAGAUAUUUACAAAGCCUGCAGGAUUGUGGCUGUCUAGGACCAGGGCUGCCU